AUGACAGAUAGGCUUACUCAAUUACAAAUUUGUUUGGAUCAAUUAGUGGAACAAUUCUGCGCCACGUUAAACUAUAUAGAUAAGAACCAUGGCUUCGAACCAUUGAAUACUUCAGAACCAUUGAUGUCGGAUAAGCAUGCAACAGUCGCUCCACCUGAUGAAUUUUCUAAUACCAUUGAUGAAUUAUCUACCGAUAUUAUUUUGAAGACAAGACAAACUAUGAAAUUAAUUGAUUCUUUACCUGGUGUUGAUGUGUCUGCAGAAGAACAAUUGCAUAAAAUUGAUUCAUUACAGAAGAAAUUGGUUCAAGUGGAGGAAGCAAAGAUACAGGCCAUAAAAGAAAAGGAAAAUCUACUGACUCAAGUCGAUGGUUUAAUCGAUUAUUUUGUCACUGGAAUUGCAAGUACAAGGCAUAACAAUGUAGGAGAAGUCGCUGACAGCAUGACGACGCCAGCUACGACGACGACUGGUACGGCCAACACGGAGAUGAAUACAGAGGUAAAUACAACGGAUAUCUCUAUCAAUAAUGCAACCUUACCUACCAAUCAAAAUAAUGUUGAGAAUACAAUUCAAAGACUUAAUACUACAGAAAUAAAUGUUGAGAAAUAA